CCGGAACUUCCCAGUGUGACACCAACCGGAAGUAAACAAGCCGCUAGCAGCAUCGUUAGCUUUCCUCGUGUGAGGACGGAGCAGGAAGACGGUUGUGUUGUCGUCUCUCAGCUGAAUAUUUCAGUGUUUCAGCAACAAUGUCUUCAGUUCAGCAUCUGAGAGAGUUUAUCAGCGAGCGACUAACUGCUGCUGCUGAAGAAAUAUUCACAGAGUUUGAAAAAACCAUCGUCCAGUACGAAGAAGAGAUCGAUCGUCAGCGCAGACUGCUGGAAACCAGUAAAGCGCAGAGAAGCUCCCACACAGCAGAUUUCCCUCAUCAACAUGUGUAUGAGGAGGCCUUUCCAGAUGUACAACAGCUGUACAACCAGAGGUGCAACUCAGAUCUGGAUCAGGAGGAACCGGAGUUGCUGCAUAUUAAAGACGAAAAGGAAGAGCUUCUUACCAUUCAGGAGGGAGAGCAGCUUCUUUUAAAGCACGAGAACGAUGGGGUUUCAACCACUGCGACUCAAGCCAGCGAUGAGCUCGGAGAAGCAGAUCUAAACAAGGACCAGAUUCCCUCUCACAGUUCCCAUGUAGACCAGAGCUUAGAGGGAAGCAGGCUUGAUGACUCGGGAGCUAAAAGAGAUGCAGAGCUGACACCAAACACCAGUUAUGAAGCACCGGAAAAUAACUCGGCUGAAAACGUCUUUCUGUUAGAAAAUCAUAGUAAUACUGAUAACGAAGCUGAGAAGCUGUAUUUAAGUUUCGCCUGUGGCAAAAAGUUUUUUAACCUAGCAUCAAUUGAAACGCAUACACCAGUUCACACAAGCGAGAAGCCGUAUUCCUGCAAAACAUGUGGGAAAUGCUUCAGUAAAUGCAGCAGUUUGUUGUGUCACAUGAAAACCCACUCAGGUAACAGGCUAUAUUCAUGUAAGACAUGUGGAAGAAGUUUCAGUGGGAGCAGCCAUCUGGUCCGCCACAUGAGAACACACACCGGCGAGAAGCCGUAUUCAUGUAAGACAUGCGGGAAAGGCUUCAAUGGGAGCAGCCAUCUGGUCCGCCACAUGAGAACACACACCGGAGAGAAGCCGUAUUCCUGUAAAACAUGUGGGAAACGUUUCAGUCAAAAUAGUAACGUGAUGCGUCACAUGAGAACGCACAGGUGAGAAACCAGCUGGUUUCUGUGGGCGUCCUUUCGAGCCUCCAGGACGAGAAGCUUUUUCUUUUCCCACUUGGAAAAGGUUUGAGUUGAAGAGACGAGGACUCACCCAGAGAAGCCGGGUUGUUAACAGGAAAGGUUUCAGUGGAAGGUGUUCGGUGAGGUCCUGUAAUAAACCGUUUCUAGAAGGACUCUACGAUGUCUUUGGACACAUAGGAUCUCGUGUACGACUUUUCAGGCCCUCGCCUCACUGACCUCAAGCACGGAUGUUUUUGUGAAAUAUAAAAACCCGGCCGUACGUUGAGCUUCUGAAGACAUUUUACGUGGAUCAAUACAAAUAAAACCCUCCUGCCAGCGUAGUUCUAGAAGAGUCCGGCUUCUGUCCUGAUGUUCCUGGUGGAAAGUUUUUGGAACCGUUUUCGUUUUCUUUCCGUGUUCAGAGUUUCUGUUUUGGAUGUGCAGCUUGAAUCUGGAUUAAGUGUGUUUUCUAAGUAUCAUAGUAAAUUUCUGUCAUCCGUAGAAACGCUCCAGAAAUCUUUACGUGUCAUGAGGCUUCUUUGGUUAUUGAAUCAACUUUUUAUCGAAGGUAUUAAGUGUGAUCGCAGCGUUCUAGAAGAUGUUUGAGCUUUUAGAAAAUGCUCUGAAUGAAGCUGGUUUUUCACACCGAUGUAAUAAAUAAUUGUUGUAACUGAACAUCAUCAGUGGUGGAGAUGCAUGCAGUGAUCACUGUUGGUGCUUUUUCUGAUCUCGUGAAUUUAUAUUAAUAAUAAAACUUGUAAAAUGAUGAUAUCAGAAAACUGGAUUCUCACUGAGUCCAUUUUCUGUUUUUAUGGAUUUUAUUGUAAAGCACUUUUAUGUGAUUUUAUGUGUGAAAAGCACUAUAGAAAUAAAUGUACUGUACUUAC